AUUAAAUCACUUAAUGAUUAUGUGUGAUGGCGAUUUAGACGAAAUAUUGUCGUUAAUAUCUACUAAAAUAAACAAAAUCUUCUGUGAUCGUGAAUUUGUUGCUUGUGUACGAGAUGAUUUUAAUAUCAUUCUAAAAGACAAUAAAUACUGUGUUUUAUUUCCCAAGUUGAAGCCCAUCUUUCUGAAGGUUUUAAGAUAUCAAGCGCUUAUCUUUGAUUUAAGCGUGUUUUGUAUUGGAACAGCACCCCAUCAGAAGACUACUGUUGUGUGUAAAAAAAUAAAAGAGCGAACUGAUGAUUGUCCUUCGGUACCAAAACCGAAAACUAUGGAAUCGGAGGAAAACCUUACGAAAAGUUCAAAGAAAUCAAAAACAAGACCAACACAACCAUUCUACGUUCCACCUGCACAGCGUUCCGUAACAAGAAAACAGAAGGUAAAAGAACAUGAUGUAACUAAAAAAGGCACGAAACAGUUACCAAAAUGCAAAGGUAAUGUCGAAGAAUCUUUAUUUACUGCCUCUAAUGAUAGUUUGUGUGCUAGUCAGGCGAUAUCUAGUAAUGAUGAUAAUAAUAGUGUCGCCCUCGAUCAAAUUAGUAGUGUUGAGUUAACAAAUGCCAAUGACAUUGUGCAAUCUUGUGAAAAUGACAGUACUAAGGAAUUGCCUCCAUGUGCCACAUUAGAUUGUGAUAAAAAAGAAAUGAAUGUACAAAUUGAAUCCAAAAAUGAAGAAACAGAAAAGUAUGACUGUGAGAAAGAGGAACACACUGAAUCAUCUCACAGUGCUGUGGCACCUAUCGAUACCAAUUCUACUGUUGUGGAAGAAGAUGUGAAUUUUUCGCAAUUGUAUAUUUCGUAUAAUAUUGAAGAUCAGAAGAAGCUAGAAGAUUGUGACACUGAUAAUGAGAAGGAGGAGAUGCAGAGAGCCAUCGAAAACAUAAGCAGGAAAAGAAGGCCAUUGAUUAAAAAUACCCAUAAUGGUAAUUCAUUGUGGACGAGCGAAUCGAAGGAGACUUCUCAGCAUAGUACCAAUUUAACAGAAAAUGCAAAAAAUCUAGGCCAACUUGAACCGGACACUAAUGAUGAACAAAGCCAUCUUGCUUGUUGGGAAGAUAUGUUUGACGAAAAUGGGGAAUUACAUUCAGAAUAUUUAGGAGAAAUUUUGAAACAAAUAGGCUGUGAAGUGAAAGUAGUAAAAGCCACUAAUGACUAUAGCGCUUACGAAAAUACAAAAUAUGGAGACUUAGAACACGUUAUAGAGUUGUACGACUUUCCAUCUACACUUAAGACUCAAGAUAUAAUGCAAUUGUAUAGAGAUGCAUCUGAAAAUCCGAUGUAUGUUAAAUGGUGCGACGACACACACUGUUUACUGGUUCUGAGUUCGCCAGCGCAAGCACAAAGAGCGUUGCAAAUAGAACAUGACAUUAUAAAAUCACGUCCAUUGGAGUGUGGCAGUACAAUCGCCAUAGUUACAGCAAAUAGCAGUGAUCUAAAACCUGCCAUGAAAAGACCUCAAACUAGUAUGCAAACUGCUAGGCGUUUAAUUAAUAGACAUUUAGGUACAAAAUCGUCAUUAAGUAAGGAAGAGGUUGAAUUAGAACGACAAGCGCUUCGUGAUGCUAGAGAACAAAGAAGACUUGAACGACAAAGUGAAAAGGAUGCAUGGGAAGGUCAUCCUCGUAAUGCCAAAUCUUAAUUUAAAACACACAACACAUUUGGACUAUACUUAAACAAAGAAGUAGAAUGUCACAUUUAUUUAGCAUUGUAUCAUCAUUAUUAUGCAAUCUGAUUUUUGUGGUAAUUUUUUAAUUGUUACCUGAUACUUAUACAUAAUGGUAUUUUUACAAAAAAUGCACAACACAUUUAUGUUUCCAAUCAAACCAUUGUUAUGUUUUCAACUUCCUAUGUUCUGGGUAAUAGUCUGGCAGAUUUCAGUAAAAAUUGCGCAUUAGAUGAAGAAAGCAUGAAACUCACAGGUAUUGAUCAGGGUAUAGUCCUGAUGAUUUUAAGAUCGGGAGGCCUACAAAAAGUUAUCAAAAAACAAAAUGGCGGCCGUUCAAAGAUUAGGCCUUACUUAAUAUGGGGAGUGCCUUACUCUACAGGAACUAUGAGUUUUUAUGGAAACAUGCUUCUGAUCUUUUUUAUAGCUCUUAAAAAUACCUUUACAGCGAUAUAUUACACGACUACUUCCUACUUCCGGUUACCGGAAAUGAGUCAAAAUCCGAUGUUUUCGUAUUCAUGCAGUUGCGUACUUUGGUUAUAAUUCAAUAACCCCUAGUUUUAAGAAAACCAUGCUUCUAGCCUUUCUUAUAGCUCUUAAAAAUUGUUAUAUUGUACUGUAAUCCUAGUUUUAAGUACCUAUUUUAACUCCGCUAAACGCGAAAGAAACGGAUACGGCCCAAAACGUGUCAGCUCCGUUACGUGUGUAACGUUCAUUGCCACAUAUAUUUUUUCUUUUGUUUACAGAUAAAGGGAGUACAGUUAAUUUAAGUCAAAUAAGGAAAAGUAAGAAUAAGUAAGGGGAAGAAUAGGACAAGAAAAGAAUAAUGAUAAGAAAAUAAGGAUAAGAAAAGAAGGGGGAGAGGGAUAUAAGGAAUAUGGAUUGUAACGCACUUAACGCGUCAGUUAUGGACUGGGAAAAAAGUGCCCUUUGUCAAUGUGUUUCAUCCGAAAAACUAAUUGACCCGGGAAAGAGCAAAGGUCUGACUCCCGAAAACUGCUACAAGAUCCUGGAGGAAGUCAUUAAUUCAUUCAAGAGCCUAGGAACCGUCCCGGUAAAGAUCGACAUAUCACUACUAGAUGAAGGGCGGGGGUUAAAA